CACCAAACCUGUCGAUGCAAUUUACCAUUCGCGAGAAUUGAGCGCUCGACAUGGCACGAAGGAGAGCCGUAUAAAUCGAGCCCAGGAAACCCAGUCACCCAAGCACCGCAAAAGCCGCGGAAUAUGGCGACCACGUCCGCACCACCCAUCCUCUCCACGCCAUCGGAGCACGUCUUUCACGAUCCUACUGCGUCCACAACGGAACUGAAAGAGUCGAAGUUGUCCGAAGAGGAGCUGUACAUUCAAUAUGAGAUCCCAAGAACGAUUCGCGAGAUCAGGGAUGGGAGGUGGAAGAGGAUUGCGCUGCAGUUCCCCGACGAAAUGCUGGUGGAUGCCCCGAGGGUGUUUGAGAGGUUGAGGGAUGGGUUGGCAAGAGAGAGGGCAGAGUCGAGACGGCAGAAGGCAGGGAGGAAUGGUGUUGAGGCUAUUGGGAGUGGUGUGGAUGCGGUGAAGCUGGAGGACGAGACACAACAAUCCACGCGAGAGGCAGACUCGGAUGAAGCGGAAGAGAAACUCACCAUCCUCGCCGACACGUCUUACGGCGCCUGCUGCGUCGACGAGAUCGCAGCCGAGCAUGUGGAUGCCGAUGUGGUGGUGCACUAUGGUCGAUCAUGUCUCUCGCCCACCGCUCGUCUACCCGUGAUAUAUGUCUUCACUCCGCAACCACUGAACAUGGCGCGCGCAAUAGCAGACUUCAAAGCCACGUACCCCGACCUCGACGACAGGGUGUGCUUAAUGGCCGACAUACCGUACCACCAUCAUGUCGAGACUCUCUACCAAAAGCUGCGCGGCGAAGGCUACACCAACCUGUUCCCUACUGAAAUCCAGCACGACCCAUCCUCGCUUCUCCCCAACCGCUCAAUCCCCCCCUCCGCCAAAGAAAACGCCGAAAACCUGAAAGAGUACUCCAUCUACCACAUCUCCACACCCCCAACACCGCUCCUCCUAACACUCACCUCCCGCGUCCGCAACAUCCACAUCCACUCAACCUCCGCAGACACCUCAGAAGCCCCAAGGACAACAAUCGCCCUGCUCCGCCGCCGCUACGCAGCCCUGCAAUCCCUCCCCAGCACCCCGACAAUCGGCAUCCUGAUCAACACGCUCAGCGUGCGCUCUUACUUGUCAGCCCUCACGCAUCUCCAGUCCCUGCUCGCCUCGCACGGCAAGAAAGCGUACACCUUCGUAGUGGGCAAAGUGAACGUCGCCAAACUUGCGAAUUUUAGCGAGAUUGGCGCGUGGGUCGUUAUCAGUUGCUGGGAGAGUAGUCUGCUCGAGGGGCUUGGGGGCGACUUCAUGGCGCCUGUCGUGACGCCUUUUGAAUUGGAGGUUGCGUUGAAGGGCGAAGGGAGUAGAGUUUGGGGCGGAGAGUGGGAGGCAGACUUCGGAAGUCUCCUCAAAAACGACGGACUGGUGAAUGGAAGCGCUCAUAAUCCAGGAGAAACAGCCUCAUCAGAAGCGAACUGGGCCGACGAUCCCUCAGACGACGAAGAACCCACGUUCGAUCUUCGCACUGGCCGCUACGUAAGUCGCUCGCGGCCCAUGGGCAAGCCUCGCGCCGUUGAUCCCUCCACCACCGGCGCAGCAGCCCCAGCACCUCCGAGCUCUGCUCUUGUGCAAAGAGCAAAGGGAGACGUGGCGGUGAUUAACGGCGUGCUCUCGCCCGGCGCCGAGUUCCUGCGAGAAAAGAGGACGUGGACGGGUCUCGGGAGCGAUUACGAGAUUGCGUAUGAGCGGGACGAGGAGGGGAAGAUUCGCGGGGCGGCGAUGGAAGUGGGGAGGAGUGGAGUUGCGAAGGGUUAUGACAUGUAGGUAAAGGAAAUCGAAUGGAAUGAAAGAUUCCCCUGUUAAUCUGUGCGCGACCGCUCUGGCCUCCCAUGCAAGUUGUAGAUCGAAUGCAGCAUAUCACGGUCAACAGCGGUGGAUGAUGAUCGUCUUCAUACAUGUAAGCAAUGAAUGGAAC